AUUUUCCUCUUGUGAGAAGCCUUUGCGGGGUUGAUUUAGCAGAGGCCAGGGCGAGCUAGUUGUGUCUUGCCACCAUAUUCUGUAAGGUUUGUUUCUUUUUGGCUGAUUGAGCUGCUCAAGGGAAAUUCCAGCCUAUUAUCAUGGCGAUGGGGCCUCCAAAUUGUUCAGUAGGUCUAGGGUCCUCAGGUGAUGGUUUGUCUAAGGAACUAUGGCAUGCAUGUGCUGGACCUCUCGUUACUGUGCCUUGUCAAGGAGAACGGGUUUAUUACUUUCCUCAGGGUCACAUGGAACAGCUUGAAGCACCAUCAGACCAGGAGAAUGAGCAGAAGAUGCCAUUGUUUAAUCUACCCUCAAAGAUCCUAUGCAAGGUGAUUCAUGUUGACUUGCACGCUGAACCAGAUACAGAUGAAGUUUAUGCACAGAUCACACUGCUUCCCGAGAUAAAUCAGCAAGGUGAGGUUACCACCCCAGAUCCACCUCUUCCUGAGGCAGAAAGGUGUACUGUCCAUUCUUUUUGUAAGAUUCUGACAGCUUCAGACACCAGCACCCAUGGUGGGUUCUCAGUUCUUAGGCGACAUGCAGAUGAGUGCCUUCCUCCGUUGGAUAUGUCCCAGAAUCCACCUUCACAAGAAUUGGUUGCCAAAGAUCUUCAUGGAAAUGAGUGGCAUUUUCGUCAUAUAUUUCGAGGGCAUCCUAAGCGCCAUCUUCUCACAACCGGAUGGAGUGUCUUUGUUAGUGCAAAGCAAUUAGUAGCUGGUGAUGCAUUUAUCUUUUUGAGAGGCGAGAAUGGUGAAUUGCGAGUUGGUGUGAGGAGGCUUAUGAAACAACAAAAUAACAUGCCAUCAUCUGUCAUAUCUAGUCAUAGCAUGCAUGUUGGAGUUCUAGCUACUGCUGCUCACGCUUUCUCUACAGGGACUCGCUUUUCUGUUUUCUACAAACCCAGAACAAAUCGAUCUGAGUUUGUCAUCAGUGUUAACAAGUAUCUUGAAGCCAAGAAUAAAAAAAUUUCCAUGGGGAUGAGGUUUAAGAUGAGAUUUGAAGGCGAUGAGGCUCCGGAGAAAAGAUUCAGUGGUACUAUAAUUGGCAUGGGUGACACUAAGACUUCCAUAUGGGCAGAUUCAGAAUGGAGAUCCUUAAAGGUACGGUGGGAUGAACAUUCGUCCAUCAUGCGGCCAGAUAAAGUUUCACCAUGGGAAUUGGUGCCACUUGUAGCAGCUACUCAUCUAACCUCUCAACCAGUUCAGAGAAGCAAACGUGCACGACCACCAGGUUCACCUGAAUUAUGGAAAUCCCCAGAGGAAACUACACAAAAUUACUCAGUUUCUGAGACACAGUCCUCUUCAUUCUCAGCAGCAUCAAAGUUUGACACCAUUGGUUUUAGUGCAAAAACUGGAACAUCAACUGUCACCAACAGUCCCAUCUACCGGCCAAUUAGGACAUCAGCUCAAACUAAAUCCUUCUUGACAAGCAUUAAUGAGGGACCAAAUGAAACAAAGAAGGAGGCGACCAUGGGCUGCAGGCUCUUUGGGAUCCAACUAAUCGAGAGUGCUGCAACAGAAGAAAUUUCACCAGUGGUUACGAUUUCUAGCAUUGCAGAGGACCAACCGUUGACAUCUUUGAUUGUGGAUUCUGAUAGGCAAUCUCAGCCAUCAAAUGUCAACAGGUCUGAUAACCCGGCAAUUAGCAGUGAAGUUGAUAAGUCGUGCUUGAAGUCACCACAAGAGACAUAUAGCCGCCAAACAAGGAGCUGCACCAAGGUUCAUAUGCAAGGGUUUGCAGUUGGGAGGGCAGUGGACUUGACGAGACUAAAUGGAUAUGAUGAGCUUUUGCACAAACUGGAAGAGAUGUUCAGCAUUGAAAGAGAACUUACUGGUGCAGUAAAUAAGUGGGUAAUUGUCUACACAGAUGAUGAGGAUGACAUUAUGUUGGUUGGCGAUGACCCAUGGAAUGAAUUCUGCAGCAUUGUGAGGAAGAUACAUAUAUACACGUGCGAGGAGGCCAAGAGGCUGUCUCCCAAGAUUAAGCUUCCAGUCAUCCGUGGUGAUAUCAACUUCAGAGUGAAGAAAGCUUCGUCUGGUGCGGAUGACUAUAAAAACCACCCUCAUUAACCAUCUUGCGUUGCUAAUCAGGAUUGCUGGCAAUUUGACACCAAGCUUCUCACCAAGUUGGAGCACUGUCGAAUAUAGAUUUGGCUGCUGGCUCAUCAUGUGUUCAAUCUGUUCCUGGUCUGUGUAACCCUUGCCUAGGCUGGUUUUCAUUGAUUGAAAUGUUGUUUGCAUCUCCAAUGGCCACCACAGAAGAUGGAUGCUGAUGGUGUCUUAAAUAGUUAUUGACAUGGCCUUUUUUUUUAAGGCCAGUCCUAACAGCUCAUUCCAAGAUCACUUUAACCAGUAGUGAAAAGGAAAUGGGCUUUUGACUAUCAUUUGCUGAGAUAGGAACAUGCAUUUCUUCACCUCACUGUCUAUGCAGCUGCUCUUCUGUCCAA